AUGUUCUACAAUAAUGGUGAAUGGUUGGAUUAUCCUAGAGAUGUUGUUAGUUUGGUUAAGAAUGAUCUUGAAAUAAAAAAGGCUGCUGUGGAAAUAGGGUUAAAUGGUUGUGAACUUAUACUAGAUUUUUUACGCAUGUGUCAGGUGGACUUGAAAACUGAUUUGCAACUACCAAUAGCAUGGAUUGAUGAGGUAGGGAGUUGCUUUUUCCCUGAAGCCUAUGUUGUUUCAGAUGGUAAAUCUUAUAACUUAUGGGAACAUGAUGGUGUGAAACUAUGUAUUGAAAUCAAAGUAAACGAGGUUGAUGAAUCCAAGUUGAGGGAGUGUAGUGGGGAGUCUAAUGUGUUAGUUAAGGAUACUCAAGUAAAAAUUGGAACUAUGAUGAACAGACUGGAAUGUGGAAAUGUUGGUGAAUACAUUAUGCAGAAUAACGUAGGUUUAGUUCCUUACUCUGAAUCUGUACAAGGAAAUUUGGAUUUGGAUUAUGUUCAGAGGAUGUUCCUUAAUGGAAUGAAUAUUUUUGAUUGUACACUAAUGCAAGCACAAUUGGAGCUAUUCCAAACUCAAGCUAAAAUUACAAAAGAACUACAUGGGGAUGCAAAUUUUCGAUAUGCUUGGCUUCCUUUUUCUAAAGAAGAAUUAUCUACAAUGAUGAAGUAUGGACUUGGGCACUGUGCACGUCGUGCAACCAAAUGCACAUACGAUACUGGUGUUUAUCUUGCAGCUGUUACCUGCCCUUAUGCCAGUGCUCGUUAUUGUGAUAUUGACGAAAAGGGCGUUCGACACUUGGUCCUUUGUCGCUUAAUAAUGGGGAGCACGGAAGUUCUUCGUUCUGGCAUUGGCACCGCCACUGGUCAAUUUCAACCCAGAAAAUCUAAAUACGAUACUAGAGUGGAUGACAUCCAAUGCCCAAGAUACUAUAUAGUAUGGAAUACGAAUAUAAAUACUCACAUUUAUCCAGAGUUCGUUAUUAGUUUUAAGGUCUCUGGGAAUGCUAAAGACCAUUUUUGUGGAACAAUGGAAGAGAAUAAUGAUUCUGGUGCUAAUUCUUCUGUGGCUAGUUAUAGUUCUAGUGAUUUGUUACAGCCAGCUACUUCAGUGGAUAAUGGAAUAACCACUAAUAGGGUUGCCAGCAUCUCAAAAAUCCCAAAUUCUCCUUGGAUACCUUUUUCUAUGUUGGUCCUGGCUAUUAGUGACAAGGUUUCUUCAAGUGAUAUGAGUUUUAUCAAAGCGCAUUAUGAACUAUACAAGGCAAAGCAAAUUUCCCGCCAUGAUUUUGUGAAGGAGCUAAGACUGAUAGUUGGAGAUACUAUAUUGAGAGCUACGAUAACAAAUCUUCAAGUCCGGUUACUAUCAAACGAUGAAUCAGAAGGCUCCAACCAGAAUGAAGGCAGAGGGAGGAAUUGA